AUGGCCUGUGUAUUUGAUAUUCCAAAGGCAAAAGCUGUACUACGUACCAGCCAGCGAGCCAGCGAGCCAGCGACUUGAGUUUUAGUGGAAGAAGAAAAUUUUAUAAAGUGAACCGAACGUUGUACUGAACGCUGAACUGAACGCUGUGUGGCAAACUGCUGCUGCUGCUGUUGCCUGAGAUUUUCGCCCGAUACAUUUUUUUGGGGGGCCUGCAAUUAAAACGCAAAUUACGCGACAUUUUCGUACGGUCUGCUUAAGAGCUAAGACCUCGUUUUUAAACCUAUAAAAAGUUAAAGUAAAAAAACAGCAACAAAUAUGAGUGGAGAUCGCCCGAAGCGCCCCUUGUCGGCCUAUAUGCUCUGGUUGAAUGAGAACCGUGAACAGAUCAAGAAGGAUAAUCCUGGCAGCAAGGUGACAGACAUCGCCAAGCGAGGCGGUGAGCUGUGGCGCGGACUUAAGGACAAAACUGAAUGGGAACAGAAGGCCAUCAAGCAGAAGGAGGAGUACAACAAGGCGGUGAAGGAGUACGAGGCCAAUGGUGGCACCGACUCUGGGGCGCCCAAGAAGCGAAAGAAGGUGGCCGCCAAGCCCGCCAAGAAGGCCAAGAAGAAAGAGUCCUCCGAGGAGGAGGAAGAGGAUGAGAGCGAGUAAAAUGGGCAACGUUUUUUCUGCAUAAGUUUUAAAAUACAUUUUAUUAAUGUAAUUUUUUAAGUGACAAACAAAAGAAAAGAAAAAAAAAAUACAAAAAAACCAACACAAAAACUUAAUGAAAACCACAAAAAAAUAUAAGAAAAAAGCAAACAACAAAAUGAAUUAAGAUCCUUAAAUCUUAAAUCUUUAAAUAUGCACUAAAUCAGACACACACACAGCCACAACCACAACAACAUCCAACAUAAACCAUAAAAAAGGAAAAACCUUUAGCCACUGUUCUUUAACUUCUACAUAUAUAUAUAUAUUCUAGGUUUGUACGUAUAAAUGUAAUUACAUAUGUGUAAUUAAUUAAUAUGUCAUUAAUUCUCCUUAAAAAAAGAAAACACAAAACACACACCGAGCCCCCUUUUAGCCACUUUCGAAUUGCAUCAAGUUAUCUGGAUUUUCGAGUCCUUCGAUUCGGAAGCCACAAAGUUAUAUAUAUAUACAUACAUUUUAAACUAUAUAUAUAUAUGCAUAAAUAUAUAUAUUUAAAUAUAUAUAUUAUGUAAUUUAAAUGAAGCAGAAGAUGAAAUAUGUAAUUGUGAAUGUAGAGCUGAAUGGAAUAUUUAAAACAAACCACAACAAAAAAAUAUACAUAAAAGAA